AUGGCAGAGCCUGUUUCUGAUACAAAUGGCGUCACGAGUGGUUACUGCAAUGGCACAGACCCUCUAGUGAGACAGAGUCGAGGUGAAGAAGGCAACCACGUCAACUACCAUGAAGACUACGGCAGGCAACAGACUGAUUAUACCCUUGCCGCCGAUGGAAGACAACGAUACGAUCAGAGCUACGGCACGUCUCUCAGCUCAGACCCUGGGAAUCAACUGCAGUACAGUGACCUUGCUCAUCGCGAAUUUUCACCGGACCCAUCGUCUCGUGUCGCAUGUAGCCGGCCAUCUUCCACACGUCCUGUUCGGUAUCCGUCUCACUCGUGGCAGCCCGUAUCUCAUGUUUCAAUGACCAUACCAAAGGAACCCCUGAUCAGUCCAUCCCAGCCUGCGGUUUAUGACCUCGAACGACCUAUACAGCCCCCGUUGUCACACAAGCCAUGUCGAGACCUCCUUCAGUCAUCUCAGUGCCAGAUGCAUGCACGUGAGGAGUGGCGUGGCGAAUUUUCCCAAGAAUAUCAUGUCGACUCCGAAGAUGAUCUCCAGGCUCUCGAAUUUCCUGAUGACGUUAAUGCUGAGGCUGUGAAUCACUUCUCAUGGGUCCAACGAAAGAUACAAGCAUUCGGCGCAACCAUGGACGAGAACGACUGGAUGGAAUCGCAGCAAUCAGUCAUUGUCUCGAAGUAUUUCCGCAAUACCAAAGACGCCAUCUACUUCAAGCCCGUGAGCGAGACCGGACAUUGGAACUUUGUCAAGGACGAUCCGGCUUUUGCAGAUAUUGCUUCUCAUGGAGAUGUAGUGGUUUUUGAGGAACUUUAUCGGCGCCAAAACGCCAUGGUCCUAAGCUACGGCAACGCUGAAAACGACCGUCAUGGAUCGAUUCCGUCAACUGCCGACGCUCAACAUGUUUAUCACAAUGUUCCACUGCAGCAGGCGGCUGAGACAAGCCUAUCUAUUGAGCAAGAAGAACGCUUGGCUGCUCUUGGAGUGACUGGUGACCCCAAACCAGUUCAACCUCGCGCUUCCAAAAAAAGAGGUCGUCAGACAAGGUCGCGGUCGCCCGAGUCGACGGGGCAGCAGAAACAAUGCGAGAGCUACCGCCAGCGACGUUAUGAUCAGGCCAGUGGAGCAGUGCGAUCCCAAGAUUGGCGAGAGGUUCAAGACUCUAGAGCUCGUGAGCCUGAAAGUCUUGGGCCGGUGAUGGGCAGAGGAAGGCGGAGAAAUGUCGAAAUGAAAAUCCCGCGAGGCCAGGAGCCCCAGAGUGGACGGCGAGGAUGUAAGACGAAAGAAAAGAACAAACAGCAGUACAGCGGCAAAUUGUCCAGAAGAACUAGGAAGCGUCAACAUCAGCGAAUGUCCCAGUUACAGUCACCAAACGCCUCAACGGCGGAAUCCAGCCAUCGAACCUCCCAAAUGGCCGUUGAUCACCUGAAGAAACGCAAGGAAAGUUGCGCACAGGCGGCGAAGUUUCAGUAA